GCAGAAGCUGGCUGGAGGCACGCUGGCAGGCACCCGGAGAAGCUGGAGCCCGAGGCUUUCUACUGCUGCUGCUGUCGCUGGAAGCGUGGGGAGGAUGGGGGGGAAGUGUGCACUAUGCCUUUAACGCCUGGGUACAGUAGACAUGUAUAGUGUGUAGUGUAGGGAAACUCUAGGCGGGGUUAAAGUUCAGCUCAUGGAGCUGAUCAGCGCUGGCUGCAGUUUAGCAGAGUUGGAAAUGUGAAAGCAAGAAGCAGGCUCGGUUCUUCCCCCUUUCUUUUUUUUUCUUCUCUCUCUCUUUCUCUCUCCCUCUUUCUAUUCCUCCCCCUCCCUUUCUCUCUCUCUCUCUCUCCCCUUCCCUCUCUCUCUCUCUCUCCCUCUCACACACCUCCAAGCCACAAACCCCCCACAGCAACCAUGUACUCUCCUCUCUGCCUUACCCAGGAUGAAUUUCAUCCCUUCAUUGAAGCACUUCUUCCCCAUGUUCGAGCAUUUGCGUACACCUGGUUCAACUUACAAGCUCGAAAGCGAAAAUACUUUAAAAAACACGAAAAGCGCAUGUCAAAAGAGGAAGAAAGAGUGGUGAAGGAUGAAUUGCUAAGCGAAAAACCUGAAGUUAAACAGAAAUGGGCAUCCAGACUUUUGGCAAAGCUUCGGAAAGACAUCAGGCCUGAAUAUCGGGAAGAUUUUGUUCUAACUGUGACAGGAAAAAAACCUCCUUGUUGUGUUCUUUCCAAUCCAGACCAGAAGGGCAAAAUGAGAAGAAUUGACUGUUUACGGCAAGCAGAUAAGGUCUGGAGGCUGGACCUUGUUAUGGUGAUUUUAUUUAAAGGUAUUCCGCUUGAAAGUACUGAUGGCGAACGCCUUGUAAAGUCCCCACAAUGCUCAAAUCCAGGGCUAUGUGUACAGCCCCAUCACAUAGGGGUUUCUGUUAAGGAACUCGAUUUAUAUUUGGCAUACUUUGUGCACGCAGCAGAUUCAAGUCAGUCAGAAAGUCCCAGCCAGCCAAGCGAAGCUGAUAUUAAGGACCAGCCUGAAAAUGGACAUUUGGGCUUCCAAGACAGUUUUGUCACAUCAGGUGUUUUCAGUGUCACUGAGCUAGUAAGAGUCUCUCAAACACCAAUAGCUGCAGGAACAGGCCCUAAUUUUUCACUCUCAGAUUUGGAAAGUUCCUCGUAUUACAGUAUGAGCCCAGGAGCAAUGAGGAGAUCUUUACCAAGCACCUCUUCUACCAGUUCCACAAAGCGUCUCAAAUCUGUAGAGGAUGAAAUGGACAGUCCUGGUGAAGAGCCAUUCUAUACCAGCCAAGGGCGGUCUCCAGGAAGUGGAAGUCAAUCAAGUGGAUGGCAUGAAGUGGAGCCAGGAUUGCCAUCGCCAACUACAUUAAAGAAGUCAGAGAAGUCUGGUUUCAGCAGUCCCUCGCCUUCACAGACCUCCUCCCUUGGAACGGCAUUCACCCAGCAUCAUCGACCUGUCAUUACAGGACCCAGAGCAAGUCCACACGCAACACCAUCGACUCUUCAUUUUCCAACAUCACCCAUUAUUCAACAGCCUGGGCCAUACUUCUCACACCCAGCAAUUCGCUAUCAUCCUCAGGAGACUCUGAAAGAGUUUGUCCAACUUGUCUGCCCGGAUGCUGGUCAGCAGGCUGGACAGGUGGGGUUCCUAAAUCCCAAUGGUAGCAGCCAAGGCAAGGUGCACAAUCCAUUCCUUCCAACCCCAAUGUUGCCACCACCGCCUCCACCCCCAAUGGCUAGGCCUGUGCCUCUUCCAGUGCCAGACACAAAGCCUCCAACCACGUCGACAGAAGGUGGUGCUGCCUCUCCCACAUCACCGACCUAUUCAACACCCAGCACCUCCCCUGCAAAUCGAUUCGUCAGUGUUGGACCACGGGAUCCAAGCUUUGUAAAUAUCCCUCAACAGACACAGUCCUGGUACCUGGGAUAAAACUCACAGCUUCCCACCAUCCAGCAGACAGACCAUCUCUUCCCCGUCCCAACUCUGUAACAUGGAAGCAGCCACAAAACAGUGUUGUUACUUCACGUCCAUGGAAGGGGAGCAGACAGAGAUUGACAACAAACAACUGCUCUUACUCAGAGACGGCAAACAUUAUGAUUGAGCAUCAAAGGCCGUAAUAUUGUGGGGGGAGGAGGGAGUUUGAGGGUUGGGGUUUUGGUUUGGUUUGAGUUUUUUUUUUUAAAAAAGAACACCUUAGUGACCGACGUAAUUUCUCAUAUGGUGCUGGAAAUGUUUGAGCUUCAUAUUUUUGAAGUGUUGCAAGUGGUAGUGUAAGAAUUAGGGACAUUGGGUAGCAGAGCGAGCCUGCUGGCUACUUACUGACUUGCUAUUGUAACCCUUUCCAUACAGCACCUAACUGUUUUACAGUAUUUUUUACUGAUUAAUUUCCCAUACGAGUGUGAGACUUACUGACAGAUCCGAAGAGCUACACAUAAAUAACUUUAUAGUAGCUGAGUUCUUCAGUAUGGAGCUUACAAGACAGUCGUGGGGCAUGUUUUUUUUCUGUAACAUAUCAGGAUUUUUUUAAAAUUUCGCAAUCAGCAAUUCAAUAUAUGACAUGAAUCAUAAGAUGGUUAUUGACAGGUUGGUUUUCCACACAAGUGGCAAAGAAAUAUAAAUCAUCAACCUACUACAGGUCAAAGAAAAAAGAAAAAAAAUUAAAUGCUGCACUUAACAUGAAACAUUUUUGACAAUUUUCAACAAUGACAUGAAAUUCAUAUGGAAAUGGGGAAGUUGGUCUGUUUUGAUAGAAACUGAUAGGAAUCAAUCAAAACAAUCGAAUUUUGAAUUGAGAAAAGUGCAAUUUCAUUCGAUAGCUAAAUAUCUUUGUAAGAUAGAGAUUGUUGAAAAUUCUAUUUUUGUUUUCCAAGUCCUUCCACCCCAGGACUCUAAAUUAUUGGGGUAAAAAAACAGCCUUGCAAGAAAAAAAAGGGGAGGGGCUAUUUUUGAUUUUUAUGUUUUUUAUUGUUAAACUUGUAUCCCUUUAAAACUGAAGGAAAUUUAAAACGUUCACACACAAAAUUUAAUGGUGCUUUUACCACAAUAUGUUAUCUUCAUUAAAUGCUAAUUAUUUUCUGUUAUCAAAGCACAUAAUUAAAAUUAAAUCAUAAUAUCUGUUCAUUAUAUAAGCUAAAAGUCAAUUAUAAUAGAGUAUGACAAUUCUGACAAAUCAUACAUGUUUCCGGCAAUAUAGGGUAUAUCACUUCUUAAAAUAUUUUGACCACAAUUUAAUGCAGAGCAAGACAUGUUUAAAAAGUAGCUUUAAGCAUUUUUUGUAACCUGCAUUGGAUUGAGGUCCUUAAUAUAAUAAGAGAGAUAGCUGUCCAGAAAGUAAAAUGCCUCUUGUGUCCCCGAACUGGCUGUUUCUUUUCUUUUCUUUCUGGACUGCAAAGGCAUCAGUAGAGAAGCAAAAUGUGGAUUUAUAUUUUAUGCCAGUUCAAAGUAAGGGCACUUGCUUAAAAAAAAAGUUUGGACCCCAAAUGUCCUGUAUCUUAUGUAAAAAAAAAUGAAAAAAAAAACGGCAAAAAACAGCAAAAAAAAAUGCAAGUGAUUUUUUUUUUCCCUAUCAGACAGCGGAGCACCCCUUUGCUUUCCAUGCAACUUUAAGAAGGUUUCCUAUAUUAUACAUAUAUAUACAUUCUGGUUGGCAAAUCUAGCUAAUCAGAGAAAGUCUCUGCAUGUUCUAGUGUUAGUAACUAAUUUUUAUAUAGUUAAUGUAGGGUAAAGUAGAGUGCAUUAAGACACAAUAUUGUAAUCCCUAAUCCAGGCACUUGCCUUUAAACUAUGUUUGUUCGGCCCUUCAGAAGGGUUUCUACUACUGUCCUAUACAAUCAAGUAAACUGAAUUUCUUGGGAAGACACUUUGCUCCUCAUCUUUUCCCUAAAAUUAUUUUUUUUUUGGUUUUGUUUUCUUGAUUUGCACGAAACAAAAUAAUAAUAAUAAUAAUUCCAUAUCAAUGUGCCUUGCCCUGGAUAGCGAUUAUUUGUGGAAUUGUUGCACAUGUUCCUCUAUUGAAAGGGUUAUUUUUUGCCACCUAGUCAAGCAUUUGGAGACACUUUUUUGUAAAUGUGACUUUUAUGUCCACCAUUGUCAGUUUCAGCAUCUUAGAAUACAGUAGAAUGUUAGUUGUUUCACAGAUAGGGGUAGUGUUUUCUUGUCCUGUACGGUCAGUGGCAGUGCUAUUCUGAUAUCUGUAGAUGCUAGAGUAUAUCAGUAUUUUUGAUGUGGCUGCAUUUUACAUUUUUUUUUGGAGUCUUCCUUUUGUUCGUUUUUAUUUUUAUUUUAUUUUUUCCCAGAUAUAUGAAAAUAUGCAAUACCUGCUUAUAUCAUGUAGAAGAAAAGCUUAGCAAUUCUUAAUUUUUCUUUUAAGUCUUUUUUUUUAAUUUGACCAAAGUCAGUGCUGCACUUGAAGCAGCGUGUUUUAGGUGUUUGUCUUUGUACUUUUUUUGUGUGUGAUUUUUGAAUGCACACGCAGGAAGGGCUCUUCUUAGAGAAGCAGUCAAACUGUGAAGCACUAAGCUGGACCCUGCUUCAAGCAGUUUUCGUUUUUCAAUUCUUCCUUUCACAAGCAAGCCUUAAAAAAAACACCUCCCAUUUUCUUCAAAUCCCACACCCAUUUUUAUUAGCAGAUUGCAAUCAAACCACAUUCAAUAAAAAGUAUAAAAUGCCCAUUUUUAUAUGCACGUUUUUAAACUUCCAAGUUCUGAAAAUUGUUUACUGGUUAUUCUCUAUUUAAAGAAAAAAAUGUUUUGGAUUUUCAUAUAUGUCAAAUAAGUGGUUGAGUAGUCAUUUGCUCUGUUGUAUUGUGUGAUUGUUAGUAUUAUGGUAUCACAUCCACUAGCCAGCAUCCUUUGCCUUCCCUAUAGCACUUAGCAGGGCAUUACCUUAUUAAGACAUAUGUGCACUAAAAAUAAAAAAAUUAGCAGCUUUCAGUGCUUCACAGUGAAGGGGGAAAAAAGCCUAGACAAACAUUUUGUCAGAACCUUGCUCUAAGCCAAGGUAUUACCAGUAAAUUGGUUGUAUAUACAACAAAAUUGCACCCUUUUUUAAAAAAAAGAAACAAAGCAAACUAAGCAAUAGUUUGGGCAGUUAGUUGUUUUUAGUAAGCAUGUGAUAGUCAUCGCCAGAAAGAGAGAGAAUCAAAGCUGCCCACUCAGAAGCUAUGUAAUGUGUAUGUUGUAUAGUUUUAUUGAUUACACUGAUUUAUUCUACCCUAUUUUAUAAUGCAGGACUUUUGUAAUGUUGUUUAAAUAAGGAAAAUUUCUGUCAAAUUAGCUUAGUGAAAUUCUGAUUGUUCGUUAUAAAGGCAGCAUUCAUAGAAUUGCUUUUUUUUUCCUUUGGGAACUGGAUUUAAGUUAAAAACUUUCCUGUUUCCUUUUUUGUAUGUAUUUAAAUACAGGUUUUUUUUCCUUCUCUCAAUAGUAUAGCAUAUUCCUAUGCUUGAGAAGUAUAGGCUACUGAAAAACCAUUGUAAAUGGACAUUACAGAUAUGCUGUAUUUUUGAAGAGGUUUUAUCAUAUUAAGGUGGUAAAGUUAGGGAAAUCUGAUUGGAAUCACACAAAACAAAUUGUUUUUAAAGGCUUUAAACAUUAGGCAUGUGAUCAAGGGUGUUUACCAACAGAAGCUGUAAAGCAUUAAAGACACUAAAUUGACAUUUGUUUCAUCUUAUUGUCAUGCAAUAACAGCAGUUUGAAUCUGUUCAGGUGUGGAGAACAGACUUUUCUUCCUCAAAGCAGAGUGGAGAAUAUAGAUCUGAAGGGAGAAUAAUUGCAUGGGGUGUGCAAUUGUCCUUAAUAGAAAAAUAAUCCUGGAUCACACGCUGCAGAAUCAGAUUAACAUACCCAUCGCCCAAUUCAAAACUGCUUUUUAUUCUUUGCACAAACAGCUUUUCUGCCCAAUGUCAUUCUUUCAAGAUGACCAGAUGCCCAACACCAACCCUUUUUCCUCCUUAUCCCAAAUAGAAACAGCAGUUCUUUCCUUGAAUUGACUUGACUAACAGAAAUUUUAUUCUCUUGAUCCCUUUUCCAAAAUAGGGCUUAGCUUAUUGUCAUCCUGCACACUCCCAAGAUAUUGCAUUAUGUAUUCAUUAAAAACCCAAUGCAAUCUUUCCCAACCUGAUGUUCUCCAAGAAUGUAGGACUAUGGUUCCUGUUAUCCCAGGAUAGCAUAGUCAGUGACCAUGUUUGCUCAUGAAGAUAAGAUGUAGAGACAAAUGUGGCUGGAAAAUCUUGAUUUGAGAAGGGCACCAGCCAUGGGGGUACCUUUUCUGUAAGAGGGUUUCCAGCCUUCUCUUUCAGGUUGACAAGUAAAGGAAUAGAACUGUUUUUUCAUCUUCACAGAAUUCAGUCAGCCCAGAGGAAUAUGCAAAAAUCCCUCUACCUACUUUUCUUUUAAUGUCUUCUCUUCGUUCCAUAUAGUUUUCAGUUUUGUAGUGACAGUAUUAAAUUUACUGUGCACACACACACACGAGAGAAAAGGCAGAAAAAAACCACCAUCCAAACACAUGGCAUAAAACUGAUCUCUUUUUUCCCUUGUGAUUUAAAAAAAAAAACAAAUGUCAAUAUUAUUCCUUGCAUUGUGUCUCUGGAAAUAUCUUUUUAUGGUUUUACUUUGGUAGAAGGCCUCCUUAGAACAAACAUUGCAAACCACAAUGGGGAUGAAAAUGUAAGGAGAGCUUCAAUGGCACCUAAAAGAAACUCAUCUUUCAUACAAUCUGUUGGGGGAGAAUCUCAUGAAAUAAACUCUGCCUACCAGGCAAGGUUUCCAUUAAAUUCAAGCUUACGAAGCCAAUUUUGUCUUGAAGUCGAUGCAUGUAUUACUGUUGGACAGUAAAACCCGGCUAUUCCAUCAUCAAGUCCAAGGCUGUGCAAUAGUCUAAUUAGUAUUGAGUACCAUUUCCCUUUUAUUUUUUCCAAUAAAAAAACAGUGGGAUGAAAAUUGCUUUGAUAUAUAGCAGGUAACAUUGAAGCUAUUCCAUAGCACUUAACUGUAGUGAAUACUGUGUCACCAAUUCUGAAAUCAAUUUAAUGUUUAAUGCAAAUCCAUUACAUGGUGCUAUUACAGGCUGGCAAAAUGAUUUACAAAAAUGUGACAACUUGGGCUCAAUUCACUCUGCUUUCCAACAAUGUAAAUGCAUAGCAGUGUUUAUCUGCAUGAGAACUAUGCACUAAUAUAAAUCUGAAAAAAAAAAAAGAAAUAUAUCAACUUUGGUAUCUACUUUCCGUUAACUUCAAUCCUUGCCUUUUUGGUCAUUAUUAUAAAUGCCAGCUUUAGGACAGAAAGAAAUAUAAGAAAACCAGCAUAAUACCUGAUAUAUUAAAAAUGUAGUGCCUGUGAAAUCUGUAUUAUAUUGCUCUUCUGAAGUAAGAUUUUUCUACACCAGUAGCCUUCGCUGUCUGUCAGAACCUUCUGAUAUAGGUGAUGUAAAAUAACCAAACAAUAUUAAUGCAUGCUAUUCCAUAAUGCUUAGUGAGCUGUAUGAAUAUUACUCAAAGUUAUGUUAGUCUUUUUUUCCCUCUGAUUUGGUUCUUGUCAGAUAGGUUUAAAGAUAUUUCACUGAGAACACAAUUCUGUUUUUCCUUGAUUUUGAGUGUUUUCAGUAUUUUGGAAAUACACAUUUAACUUAAAAUUCAAUUCAGUAUUAUUUGUGGGGGGCAUUCUUCACUUUCAAGGGCAGGUAUGGGGUUUGAAAUCCAUGCCUGGUGGUAUCUUUUCUUUGCUUAAGCAGCCUAAGAACUCUAAACGCUUAUCUCAGAAGAAGAAAAAAUCAAACAUAAGUCUUCAGUCGAAGCGACAAUUCUCAAACUUGGAACUGACAUUGAAAGUGUUUUCCUAAUGGACAGUGUUUAAACCAGGUACCCAUGCUUGACCCUGUUUCACACCAGACCUCCUUAUUUAACAGAAAUGUAUAAGAACUGUAAAACCAAACCUCAUAUGGCUAUUUACUUUCUGUGCACUGCUGUGCUCUCUCUCUCCUCUCCUCUUCUCUCUCUCUCUCUCUCUCUCUCUCUCUCUUUGUCAAAAUUCUGUAUAAACGUUGGACCCAAUUCAUGAGUGGUCACCAGGAAUUAACAUAGGAUUUUGGUAUUCAGGUUGGGGCUCCUUUUUAUCUCCCAGUCCAAAUGGUAUAGCUUUCUUUUUCUUUCCAAGAUGUUCAUUCAGCAUACUGCUUUUAUUUGAAAGCUGUCAGAGCAUUGCAGAAAGGCAGAGCAAAUCUUGGUCCCAUCCCUUGAAAAUGUUAAAGGUGUAGGACAUGGACAAUGGAAAAUGUGAGAUUAUAAGUAUUUAAGGAGCAUUUUGAUGCAGUCUAGACUGCAUUGGAGAACCGUUCCACAGAGCAAAGUAGAGUUCCAUUGGCUAUAGAGAAAUAGGUGAGAUUUUGCAGAGAGUUUGUUCUUUUUUCCAUAACGUUGCCUAAUGCAAUAUCAGAGGUGUUCAUUUGAUCCAUACUAGGCAACAUCUCUCUUUGCACCCACCCUAAACUUCCUGAUUUUAUUUUUAUCUUAAUUUUUUAAAUUUAAUCCUAGACGGAAAAAAGAAUCAACAUUAAUGGGAAGCAGGAAUGUUGCUCCUAGCAUGACAUUAAUUGACAAGGAAGCCUCUUUGGCCCAGACGGAAACUAUAACACGUUGAGGAAACAAGGGACAGAUCUGCCCAGUUUUUCUAGUGUAGCUCUAAAAAGGAUGAUAGGUCCAUUCUCGGUUGUUUGCCUUUUGUUGGUUCAUGAGAGUUUCAUAUCUGGCUUUGCUGCUAGUGUUGCAGCUCUUUUGUGAACACACAAGAUCAUUUCAUGGGACAUCUAGCCAGAGUGAUUUGGGUAUAUUUUCAAGACACUAGACAUAUCCUCUGACAUCCACCCAUCCCAAGUUAGCUACCCCUGAACUAAAUUGUUGGUGUCCUCAACCUUGAUUCACCCAUGAUUUCGAUCAAUCCUUUUUUUUCCUUUCCAAAAGAAAGGAAGAAACCAAGAAGAGUCAAGAUCUAAGGAAUGGGAGAAACAUAGACAGGAGAUCUGGCAAUAGGGUGAGAAUGGCCAUUCAAGUUGAGGAAAGAUUCUAUGUUCAUGUGAUCUUGGAGAGAACAAAUAUGGAACAGAGUAAUGAAGCUAAGAAGGCAAUCCUUCACAUUCUGCUGGGAAAAGGUUUAGCGGGUGUUUUUCCCCCCAAGGCUUGCAAAACAUGGUAGUGGGAUUAUUCUGCAAAUAAGAAUAUCUAUGAUAUAAUACCUGCCCUUGGCUUAUUUGUACAGUUAGCCAUUCACCAAUCCACUUACUCAGGUCUAAUAAUCAAACAUUUGAUUUUUCCGUCUUACGUAACAAUGCAUUCUCAUGUAAAGAUUUGCUGCAAAUUCACUUAAUCCUUGUUUUAAUAUCCCUGUGUUUCCACUUUUUUAUGAAUCGGGUCCCUUGUGCCUCUAGUAUCCUUGUAUUGAUCCUCAUAGUUACCAUUUUAGGUUUACUGUGUUCUGUGAAAAUUUGAAAUUGGUUGAGAAUCACUGUGGGCAUCCAUUCUUUUCAACUAAAUCUGCAGAUUUUUUUUUGAGCUGGUGUGAAUUAGUUUAACUCUUGUAUUCAACCAUUAGUGCUACCACCCUCUCACAUUACAAUACAAUUACUGGAAGCAAGUACUGCAUUUCCUAUGCAACAAAAAAGGAAAAUAAAAAAUUGCUAAUGCUAA